AUGCGUGCCUCUACAUUCACUCUCUAUGCCCUUUGCGCAGCUGGAUCUGCCAUGGCCCACAUGGAAAUGCAGUGGCCAUAUGCCCUGAGAAGCAAGUUCAACAAGGAGAACACCAACCCUGACUGGUCCAUGACUGGCCCUCUUAACCCUUCGGGAGCCGACUUCCCUUGCAAAGGUUACCACAAGGACCCAUUCAAGUCUGUUGCUACCUACGAGGCCGGCCAAGAGUACAACUUGACACUUGCUGGAAACACCCGCCACGACGGAGGAUCCUGUCAGGUCUCCCUCAGCUACGACAACGGCAAGACUUUCAAGGUUAUCAACUCCUAUCUCGGUGGCUGCCCCAUGAAGGAUACCUACAACUUCAACAUCCCAGCCAACGCACCGUCAGGAAAGGCUCUCCUUGCAUGGUCUUGGUUCAACCUCGCUGGAAACCGCGAGAUGUACAUGAACUGUGCGCAGGUCACUGUUGACAGCAAGAGCGCCUCCACCACUCAGUUCAACUCUCUCCCUGACAUGUUUGUUGCCAAUGUUGGAAAUGGCUGCACCACCGUCGAGGGACAGGAUAUUGUUUUCGAGGACCCCGGAAAGCAAGUGCAGUAUGCGGACGGCGUGACUGCACAGACCCAGGUGUCCCCUAAAUGCCCCAAGAAGAGCGCAAAGAGAUCUGAGAAGUGCGGUGGCACUCACUCUGCUAAGUUCAGAGUCUAA